AUGAGCACUCAUCCAGCCUCCUUACCAUUGAACACUGACCUCAUACCUCCUCCGAGCCGACCUUUUCAGGUCGUUUGUGCUCCAGGCCAGGUUAAGGCUAAGGCUAGGGAGGGACCGCCCCCUCUUGAGAUUCUGUUUCCAUUGCCACCGUUUCGUCAAACACCAGGACCGAUACAAGCAUCUCAAACUUACAUUCGAACACUUAUAUUGGAACGCUGGGAUGCAGAGAUAAGGCACUGUGAAGAGACGUGUAAAGUUCAGCUCCUAGAACGCAUCCAGGACCCAGUAACUCACCAAGCAUUUUUGCGGGAGAUGAUAACACAGCGUUGGAGUGCAGAGAAGAAGCGGUGCGAAGAGGCGAGAAAAGUCCAACUGUUGGAACUCCUACUUGCGGCUCAUGGUAUCACUACCCUAGUUUAG